CUCUUCAUCAACGACUAUCAAAUGUGUUCACGCCUGCUGCCAAGUGGUAUGUUUUAGCUGACACUGUAUAACGUGAAUAUUGCUAUCGGUGGAACGACGUUUCUCUUGUUAUUGGCGUGGGAGGUUUUUAGUGUACGCUUUUACUUUUCUUAGAGCCGGCGUGCGGGGAAAAAGGAUUUGGAAAAGUUGACGACCAUCUCUUCUUCGGUCGGGAGGACGGUGGGGAGAUUGUGUUUUUUGUGUGCUGAGAAGGAGGUUUGUUUUUUAACUUGCUUCUGCUGCAAUCUGGUUAGAGUUGGAGAUACUUCAUUCAAGACGAGAUAAAUCAUGGAUUCUCAUCAUCGAAACACGGGCACCGCGUCCGCCACGGUGGUAGUAAAGUGCGCCCUCAUCGCCAUCCUCCUACUAGGCGUGAUCAGCCAGUGCUCGGCCGUGUGCCGUCGGCAGCCACUAAUACACUCCAUAGUCCACGAGGGGUGCCAGACGAAACGGCUGCGGACGUUCGGCUGCCGGGGAACAUGCAACUCCUACUCUCGCGUCUCUCCAACGGACUACACCCAAAUGGAGAGAUCGUGCCAGUGCUGCCAGGAAUCCCAACACGUGGUUGGUUUUGUGGAACUCAACUGCCCGUCCCUGAGCCCGCCGACUCAGAUCGUGGAAUUCAGGCAUGUUCGCUCAUGUUCGUGUAGACCAUGCAACUCGGUGUCGGGGGUACCACGUGUAACGAGGCUAGAGGAUCUGGAAUAAUGAUAAUACAAAAAACGCAUAGAUGAUGAACAGCGAGUUAAUUAACAUAAUUACAUUUUUUCUGUACUUUCAAAAUUCUCAUGACAGUAAUAUUUUGAACAUGUACCACGUGACCGCAGUGAGAAAUGAUUUCAAAAACUAUUCCUGACAGUAAUUUUGAACAUGGACCACGUGACCGCAUCAGUGAGAGAUGAUUCGACACCAUCGGCACAGCCGAUUAAUAACUGACUGGUGAUGACGUCAUCUAUGACGACGGCGUCUGGGGAUUUCAAUGGACGCAGACGUAUUACCAAUCAUGUAACAAAUAUUUGAACUUAAUUAAAAACAAAAAAAAUGUGAUAUACGAGUACUUGAGGGAAAAUUUGUUAAAGAUUUGUAUCAAUAUUCAAAAGUGGUGCAGUACACCAGUGAAUAUUGAAGACGUUGUGCUAUAGACCUUUAUCAAGGGGCGGCCGUCUUAAAUUACUCCCAUUGAUAUCAAUGUCACCAAACCGAGGCUGGAAGAACAAAAUAGUCUGGUUUCCUAAUUGCAAAAUGAUUAUUAGCAUUCAUUAUUGUUAUUUGAUACACGAGGAACACGACCAAGAAUGCAGUAGCCUGAUAAAGGUCCUUUGUGUACAUUUCCACCAAUGAGAGUACCUUAUGUAAUACGUCACAUUGUAAUUACGCACAUCUUUAGCCAAUCAAGCGCCUUUCAAGCUUGUGACGUCAAUAUAUCUUUGAAACAUACAUUUUGUACUAUUACUAGUACGAAUGAUUUUUCCUUUCAACUAUAAUAUAAAGUCGAUCAUAGAUAUUGCUCUUAUCCAAUAGAUAUCUUUAUGGUCAAAUUGUCUUGCGCUUAAAAACAUUGUUUUUCUUUGUAAUAACAGUUGCAAUGUCUGUUGGCAAGGAGCAUAAUGCCCCCCCCCCCCCCCUUCUCCUCCUAAAAAAGUUAAACACUCAUGGGGUCUUAUUCAAGCUCCUAAGCAUCAAAAAUAAGACUUCAAAUUACAGGGAUUACAAUCCAUGGAUGCUUGGAAGUUUAAGUCUCUUCAAGAAAUGCUUUAACUUAUUAUUUUUACCGCUGUUAUAGACUUUUAUUUAAACCAUUACUGUUCUUAAAUACUUAAAUGACGAUGUGCAAUAUUGUUAUAGACUUUUACUUUUCCAUGGAUUUGGACAUUAGUCGGGUUCCCUUUAUAGUGAAGGUUAAUUGAAUGGGUUUAUAAUGCUUCAAGGGAGCAGACUAUUAGUUAUGGAAGCCAAUUCCUUUGAGCACGUGAUAUUAAGGUCCGCUGUAAUGUAUUUAUUUCAAAUAGAAAACUAAACAGAUGGAAUUCUUAAAACUGAUGUCUAUGACACUUAUAGACGGUGGGCCGUACUCCAAUCAGCGGCUAUGGCUUUGUCAAAAUGGCUGCGUCUGCCCAUUCUUUAACAUGGCAUUUUCGACAAGCAGCCACAGCCACAUCAUGGCCAAAGUUGCUCGAUUUGGGCUCGACCAUCACAGUUUACAACGACCGUUAUUUGUGUUUAUAAGAAGAACCAACGCAUGUAUACAGCAUAAAGGCUUCGCCUGUAUAAAGGCCAGCUUUUUUCUAUAAAGUAAAAUAACCUGUCUGCUAGUAGAACCACUUUAUGGUUGCGCGGGUUUGACUCUGAAUGAAAGUACUAUACUUAAGAAUUAUUAGAAAAAAAUAUAAUUGUCUUGUUGAAAACGCACUGUUGAAGUUGCUAGCUACAUUGAAAUAACUAGGUGGUUGCGUAAAUUCUUCAAAAUGGCUGGGCUUUUGGGUCCAAUUUCAUAGAGCUGCUAAGCACAAAAAUUUGCUUAGCAUGUAACGUUUGCCUGGAUAAAAACAGGAUU